CAACGCGGGAUCAUUUUACAGACGCACCACGGACAACUAGCUAGAUUGCGGCCGCUGGAAGCAAAACCGUGUUCCUGCGAACAAUUAAAUUAAACGUACCCUCUUAUUUUUGUCUGCAGCACAAAGAUAUUUAGUGCUACAGAAAAUAUGGGGGUCCCGAAGUUUUAUCGAUGGAUUUCUGAGCGUUACCCUUGUCUCAGUGAAGUUGUCAAGGAACAUCAGAUCCCAGAAUUCGACAAUCUCUAUUUGGAUAUGAAUGGGAUCAUUCAUCAGUGUUCUCAUCCAAAUGAUGAAGAUGUCCACUUCCGCAUCUCUGAAGAAAAGAUUUUUGCUGACAUUUUCCAUUACUUGGAGGUACUUUUCAGGAUCAUCAAGCCACGCAAGGUUUUCUUCAUGGCAGUUGAUGGUGUGGCGCCAAGGGCAAAAAUGAACCAGCAGAGAGGACGGAGAUUCCGGUCUGCAAAAGAAGCAGAAGAAAAAAUAAAAAAAGCUCUGGAUAAAGGAGAGGUGUUACCCACAGAAGCUCGUUUCGACUCCAACUGCAUCACUCCAGGCACUGACUUCAUGGUGAGACUCCAAGAGCAGCUGAAGUAUUUUGUCCACAACAAACUCUCUACUGACAAACUUUGGCAGAAUGUCAAAAUCUACUUGUCUGGCCAUGAGACCCCUGGCGAGGGCGAGCAUAAGAUCAUGGAAUUCAUACGUUCAGAGACUUCGAAGCCACUUCAUGACCCUAACACCCGGCACUGCUUAUAUGGCCUGGAUGCCGACCUGAUGAUGUUGGGUUUGACCAGCCAUGAGCCAAAUUUCUCGCUACUCAGAGAAGAGGUCCGCUUUGGAGGAAAGAAAUCCCAAAAAAGGGUAACUGCUCCAGAGGAGACAACGUUCCAUUUGCUCCACUUGUCUCUGAUGAGGGAAUACAUUAACUAUGAGUUCUCUGAGGCUAAGAAUCAGUUGGGCUCUAAAUAUGACUUGGAGCGGAUAAUUGAUGACUGGAUUCUAAUGAGCUUCCUUGUGGGGAAUGACUUCAUCCCUCACCUUCCUCAUCUUCACAUUAAUCACGAUGCUUUGCCGUUGUUGUAUAAGACUUACAUCAGUGUGCUACCUAGUCUUGAUGGUUAUCUGAACGAGAAUGGCCAUCUUAACCUCAGAAACUUUGAGAAAUACUUGGAAAAACUCUCUGAGUUUGACCGUGAACAUUUCAGUGAGGUGUUUGUGGACUUGAAGUGGUUUGAGAGUAAAGUUGGUAACAAGUACCUGAAUGAGGCGGCAGGUCAAGCAGCAGAGAUGGAAGCUGCCAGUAAACGCACCCACAAGGAAGAGGAUUGUUCUCUCCCUCUGGUAGAACUGACAUCACCUGAUAUAGUGACAGACGCUGGGAAAGUACCUACUGUCGAGGAUGAUGAGGAGGAAGAUGAUAUAUUUGAAACUGAGUUUAGACAGUAUAAGCGCACGUACUAUAUGACCAAGAUGGGUGUCGACGUAGUGUCUGAUGAUUUUCUAUCAAAGCAGGCCAAAUGUUACGUCGAAGGCAUCCAGUGGAUUCUUCACUACUAUUAUCAUGGGGUUAAAUCCUGGAGCUGGUUUUACCCCUACCACUAUGCACCGUUUCUGUCAGACAUCAGGAAUAUUUCAGAAUUGACGUUGACCUUUGAUUUUGGGAAACCCUUCAUGCCCUUCCAGCAACUCUUGGCAGUCUUGCCCGCUGCCAGCAUGGAGCUUUUGCCUGAAUGUUACAGGCACCUGAUGACCAGUGAAACGUCUCCCAUUAUUGAAUAUUACCCUACGGACUUCGGAACAGACCUCAAUGGCAAGCAGCAGGAGUGGGAGGCUGUGGUGCUAAUUCCUUUCAUCGAUGAGAGGUGUUUGUUAGCGGCCAUGGAGAGCUGCAAUUAUAAGCUGACAAAAGAAGAGAAAGACAGGAAUAAUCAUACAGAGUGUGCUCUAUAUACAUAUGACCAUGAGAAAGACUUCACAUACCUCUCCACCAUUCCUCAGCUCUUCCCAAAUAUCAUCCAUUGCCAUGUCAGGAAAGAAAACAUUCCCAUGGAUGCCUGGCAUGUUCCACUAAACCACAUUGGCAGGAGUGUGGAUCGCUCAGCGCUGUAUUUUUGUGGAUUCCCCACACUACAUCACAUAAAACACAAGUUUAGUAUGAAGAAGAGCGGGGUGGUGGUAUUUCAACAAAGCAGCAGAAGUGACAAUAUGAUACUGGAGAUCCUCCCCAGUCAGAAAGAGGAAUUGGAUUGCAAGGAUGUUGCUGAACAGGUACUGGGGAAGUCAGUCUUUGUCAACUGGCCACAUCUGGAGGAAGCACGCAUCAUUGCUGUGACAGAUGGAGACACCAAAUUUUCUCUAGACGAACCAUCAGGGGUGCAACGAGUCUACCACAGGCCUUCCACCCCUCCACCGACCAAAGUCACUUACCUCUUAGACAAGGAGCAGAGGGACUGGAUAAAAGACAUCCAAGGAAUAACAGAACACUACCUGAAGAGGAAAGGCAUAACAGUGAAUGAAACAACAGUGGUUUUAUAUGGACAACUGCUGACAGGAAGAAAAUACGUCCCAAAGUCGAACGGUGUGGUCGAGUUGGAAAAACAGUGGGCUAAGCAGGUCCUUCCUUUUGCCUACCAGACUGUCGUCCAGGACAUUGAGACCUUUUAUUCACCUUUGACCUGCUUUAAGAGCUUAGAAGACCUCUAUCCUCCACAAACCACUGUUUUCAUGGUGGGAAACCACCACUACUAUGCUGCCAUGGGCGAGGUGCAAGAUUCCAGCGAUGUCAUCAAAGACGGCCGUGUGCGUGUGGUUUUCAACCUCCCACAUGAUCCCCAACUAGAGGUUCUAAUCCAAAACCAGCAUAAGUACUGUGUAAAGUACAGCCCUGGGUACAUUGUGGCAUCCCGGCUUGGUAUUAGCGGCUACCUUGUGUCCCGCUUUUCUGGAAGCAUCUUCAUUGGCAGAGGAUCUAAAAAGAACCCCUGUGGAGAGCAAAAAGGUAAUGUUGGCCUGAACCUGAAGUUUAACAAGAAGAAUGAGGAAGUUCCAGGGUACACCAAGAAAACUGAGAAGGAAUGGCUUUACUCUGCUGCUGUGGAGGAGCUAUUAGCCGAAUACUUAGAAAGAUUUCCUGAGGUGUUUGACACUGUUGCAAGAAACGGUCACGAUGAUAUGUUCUAUGAAGACGACAUCUGGCCCGGGGAAGACCACAAUGGGGCAGAAAAGGUGGCUGAAAUCAUGACAUGGUUGAAAAAUCACCCCGUCAGCUCUAUCAGCAGAGCGUCAUGUGACUUGCAAGUGUUGGACGUCGCAAUCAUCGAGAAAAUUGAGGAGGCUGUGGAGAAAGCCAAGGUGAAGAAGAGUACAAAGAAAGUUCGAGUCACCGUAAAGCCGCAUCUCCUGUUUAGGCCCUUGGAGCAGCAACAGGGUGUGGUCCCAGACCCCAAUGCAGAGUAUCGCCUGUUUGACCGUGUCAUCAAUGUCAGAGAGAGCUUCACUGUCCCGUUGGGUCUCAGAGGCACUGUUAUUGGCAUUAAAGGAGCUGAGCGUGAGGACGAGGUUCUCUAUGAGGUGCUGUUUGAUGAGGAAUUUGCUGGAGGGCUUAAUAUCAGGUGCACAUCACCUCGUUGUUACCGCCUACCGCCCUGUGCGCUACUUAACCAAUCGCACGGUGCCCGAAUGGAUCCCAUGUACAACAAACUCACCGCCAUUGUCAAACCUCAACCUGCUGCUGCCACCAACUUCAACUCACAUCAUCAUGUUGCCAGCCUCAACCACUCUCCACGUUCACCCUUUAUAUCAACGCAACAUAAUAAACGCAAUGAGGUAAGACCAGCCUACCAAGGCAGCAAAAACUCUAAAGCUGCUACGCAGAAGCAACAGGACAAGAGUAAAGACGUGUACAUGAAUAUAUGGCAGUCUUUGCAAGACUCCGCUCCUUCCCAUAAACCUCCUGCUCAAUGGCAAAAUAAUCCCUCUGCUGGUCUCGUCAAGUUGUUGAAGAAAAGCGAAGAGGGCGUUUCAGUUUUACCUCAGCAGAACACAGUUAACAAGACAUCAACUGAGUUUGAGGACCUGAUAGCCAGCCUUAAGAUUUCGAAGGACAGCCAACAGAGUCCUGCAAAUCUUCCUCCAGCUCCUUUACAAACAACCGCCACCCAAUCCGAUGAGCCUUUGUCACCACAGUCCUUUGCAAUGAAGGGCACAAUGGUGUUGAAAGAGAUGCUGAAGAUCGAUGGCACUGCAACAGGAAGUUCUGCCCCUCAAGAGACUGCUAACGACCAGAAGCAAAACAAGAGAGGAAAGUCCAAAAAAUUAGCGGCGCAAAUGAAUCUUCCCCAUGGAGAUAAAGCUCAAUCGUCGUCUCCUGUGCCUGUUACCCCUGUUCACCAGUCCAACCCGUUGAUGGCCAGUAAGGUGUCGGAGUUGGAGUGCGUGUGUGUCGCUUUAGGCAUGGCACCACCGGAGUUCAGCUUUAUGCACAACAGAUUGGGUGUUGCGGUGUGUCAGGUUAAGCUGCCCAACGGUUUGACUCUUCACGGGCCUCAGUGUCAAUCAGAAAACGAAGCCAAGGAGAAAGCUGCCUUCUUUGCCUUACAGCGACUGAAUUCACUGGGCUCAGGUUUCCCUCUUCCACCCCCUCUGUUCCAUGGAGUGGCGCGUUUGCAGUCUCCAGCCAUCAGAGCCAUGCCUCCUGUUUACAACCAGCCAGGCGGCUUGAUGAUGCCCCAGCGGGGUUGCGCUCCCGCGCCUAUCUGGGGAAUGCCUCUGCCACCCCACCCUCACCCCCAUCAAAACCCAGCAUUCUACAGAGCAGCAGGAACGUUUCCUGGUGUCUCGAGGCCACAGCCAGUCAAUACUUUGCCCAUGGGCUCACAUCAUCAGUUCAUCCCUUUACAGGUUACGAAAAAGCGAAUGUCUACCAACAAGAAACCCCAAGAGUUUUACUCAGCUGCCCAGAACGUAGCUAGGAAUAAAGCCCGACGAGGCCAGGAUACGCCUCCUGGCCAGUCACAACCCGUCAGAGAAGACGACCCUGCUCCGGCAAACACGCUUCCUGUGACGAUGACCCACCCGUCCACGCCUCCUCGGCAAAAUAGGCCGGCCAUGGGCCACACCCCUGGCUCCGCCUCCAAAAGGAAGCACAGGAAACUGGCUGUGAACUUUGAGGCAGCUCGAGUGUCAGACCAGUGAACUUGAUGCGUGUCAGCAUGUGUGCUCGCACCUCUGCUGCAUAUUGCAGUUGCUCCGUUGGCUGAUUGAUAUACCAAUCGCAUCCUUGUGAAUUUAUGAGUCAGGUUUUUGCAGCAAAGAAUUGUUCAGCUCAUUACUUUGCAUUUUGGCCUCCAGGUUUUACAAAGAUGAAUCUCACAAUAGCAACGAUGGCAACAUACUCACAGAAUUGAAGCCCUACAUUUCGAAGUUCACCUUAACUAUGCACCGCCUCUCCAAUUAACUGAAACUGAAGUUUUUCCAAUGAGAAGUUAUGGCAGCUCCCACAGUAACUGCUCUCUGAUUUUUUGCGAUUCCGUCUUUUAUUUGCUCUAGUAGCUUAUUUUUCUUUUAGGAAUUUGACUGCAAACCUAAAAGUAAAAUUUGUUUUGCAUAGUUGUAAUUAUAGUGCUACUACAAGAUUUUAAGUUCAUUUAUGAUGGUUGAAAUGCCCCUGCCCAGUUUUUACAAUUGGAAACUCAUUUUGAUAAGACCAAGUGUUUACAUGUUUGUCCUACUGAAACCCUGCAUACUCACACGAGGAAAUUUUAUUUCUGCUUCUCAGAACAAUGUUACUUUUUUUCAAACUUUAACCUCAUAUGGGCACACUACCAUCUUGCGCUGGUCAUACCACAUUACACCCAUUUCGGAAGCGUGGAGCUGCCAGUGUGGAGUUUAAAAAAAAAAAUACGUUCAAACGUACUCACAAACACAGCAAAAAAUGUUUUAAGCUAAAUUUAUGAUUAUCGAUGAUUACAUUUGUAGUUGUAAAUAGUUCUUUAAAGUAGCACAUUUGCCCAUUUUUGCAUUUACCGUAUUUUUCGGACUAAAAGUCGCUCCGGAAUAUAGGUCGCAUUAGCCAUAAAAUGCUCAAUAACGUGAAAGAAAACACAUGUAAGUCGCUUCGGAGUAUAAAUCGCAUUUUGGGGGAAAUUUAUUCGACAAAAUCCAAAACCAAGAACAGACAUGAACGAGCGACAACAGGCUAAACGAUAGGUAUGCUAACGUGACGUAAACACAAACAAAGAGCUGAGAACAGGCCUGACGUAACAUUCAGAGUUAUUCAAAUAACUAUUACAUAAAUAACACGUUUAUAAAACCAUCUGUCACUCCAAUUCAUUAAAUCCAUUGAUGGUCCUUUAUGUCAACAAUGGCUGCGCGCCGCUGACGGCGCUUGCACUUCAAAAUAUUCCACAGGCUCAUAUCUGUGUCACUCCAAAUCAUUAAAACCAUCGAUCAAAUUCCUCGUCCUUUGUCAACAACACCGCGCGUGCGCCCUGACGUCAGCCUCGUCGUUAUUCCACAGAUCUAGUAUAUAACUAGUACAACAAAGUACAAGGAAAGACGUGGGUUUGGUAAACGGCUCUUUAUUUAACAAAACAAACUUCCAGGCGUGUGGCGGCAUAGACUUCCAGCCACGGAGGUGGAAGAGAGCUCCAUAGAAUAGGACCGGGUGUGCGUAAAAGCCAUGUCCGAGCCUUAUCCACCGUCCCCGUGCAGCCACCCGGCCGAGCGCCGGCCCCCGACUUCCAUCCACGGAGCUGAAAGAGAGCUCCGUAGAGUAGGACCGGGCGUGCGUAAAAGCCAUAAUAGUUUCUCAAACCUUUUGUGUCACUCGAAAUCCUUCAAACUCUUCGUCCUCCGUGUCACUUACAAACAAAGCCGCUAAUGAUGCCGGUAGUAUGUGGGGCCCUUAGUCAUCUUCGUCAUCCCGUGAUCAAAUCUUUGUCCUUUAUGUAAACAACUGCCGCGCUGCUGACAUCACUUGAAGUUCAAAGUACAGUAAUACCUUGCGACAAUCGCAAUUUUGAAAAUUCGUGAAAAAAUUUACAUAAGUCACUCCUCUGUAUAAGUCGCCCCCCCACCCAAACUAUGAAAAAAAGAAAAAAACGCGACUUAUAGUCCAAAAAUUACGGUAAUUAAUUUUGGAAAGAAUUGGAAAUUGUUCUUGUUCAAUAAAUUUCAAGCCAUUUUUAUUUGAAUUUGAACUUCAAUUUGUAUCAUCGCUGGACCGGGAAAGUUUCAUUGUUCAGAGUAUAAUAUUGGCAUUUUACUGUUUUAGACAGUUUUGAUUUUGAAGACUGAAAGUUGAGUUAUUCCACACGUCACCCACCUGUAAAGCAUCAAUCUUUACCACCGCAAGAGGAAAAAAAAAAAAACUUUAGUAAUUGUACUUUUUAGGCCUUACUUAUCCCAAAUCGUUAGGAGAAAUAAAAAAUCCACACCGAAUAAAAGCUCGGGUCUCAAGAGGUUAAACCCCAAGAAAACCAUAUUAUUUUUACAGUAUCAGAGCAAUGAAGGCAAAGUAUUUUCAGUUGAAAUGAAUCUGAUAGAUUAAGGAUUUAGCUGUGAUCUGAUGCAUUUGUGUAAUAUGCUGGUGAAACCGCUUUCACCAGCAUAUUACAUAUCUACAUUUAGACAAACAUUUGGUCAGCCUGCCUGAAUAUUAGUAAAGUAAUGAUGGUGUUGAUUGAUAUUUUAUAUACAAUCAAAGAACGGAAAACCAGCUUUUAUAUUCACACUGUAGUGAGAUACUUUCAAAAUUAUUCAUCAGGUCUGUUAUGUGUCAAUCUUAAAGAAAUAAAUAUGUGGGCACAUUCACCAAGCAGAAAAAUUAUAUUAGUCAAUUUCCCUUUAUCGAUUUUAUGGACGGCUGAUAGGUAAUUUUCUCUGGCAAAUUGUGAACCUUUUUUUUUUUGGAGUGUUACAGUGAACAUGAGGGCCUUGUCUUGCUUACAUUUUUUGGUGCUAUUUCAAUGGCUAAUAUGGAGUUCACAUGCCAUAUUGACAUUAAGUCUGUCCUGGAGCAAAAGGUUAAGGUUUAAUAAAAUAUGACAGCUCAAGCAUGUAUUUUUUUUUAAAUGUUUGAAAUUAAAUGUCCAUUUUAAGUUUAAAUCCAACACUGCUGUGUCAGAGGAUGGCAAAUUUGUGUUGUUGAUUGCUUCAUUUUCCCUGAUUUUGGGGUUGCCUACGACUGCUUCAAUAAACCUAAUUGAGAGCCUGCGG